UGUGUUGGGGGGGCGUGUUGCUUCGCGGUUGUCCUGGAACUGGGAACGCCCUCAACCCCACUUCUCUUUACUGCUCACGGCAUCUCUCUGCUUGGUUAUCCUUUGAACCAGUCCAACAACUGCGAGCAGCGCGCGUGCACACGUUUUGUUGUUGUUGUUGUGUGACAUGGCCAAAGAGUUCGAUGAUGGAGGGCUUUGGCUGCCUUCUGAUUUCCUCUGCGACGAGUUCGUUCUCAGUGGAGGAGGAGGCAAGGACGGUGGGGGCGACUUUGCCGCGGCUUGCUUUACGGGCGAGUUCUCUUUUGGGUUUGGCUCAAAUCUGGACUCUCCUGUGGAGUCGGUGACGGAGACGGAAGAGAGCGACGAGGAAGAGGACCACAUCGCCGGGCUCACGCAGCAGAUGGCUCGUUACUUCCUCCAAGACGAGGACAAGGAUGCCUCCGGUGGUGCAGCGGACGACGCAAAGGCCAUGGCACGCUCGCCCCAGUCAACGCUGUGCGCGUGGUCCGCCGCCUCCAACAAGGGGAGCCCGAACGGCCCGUCGCUCGUCUCUUCGCCGCCAUCCACGUCUCCGAUGAAGAAGCAAAACAAGGAUCCCGCUGACCUGCUCUACGAAGCCGCGGGGCAGGUGAUUCGGAUGCGGAGCAACGAUCUUGGCCGUCGCGAGAGUCUCUACGACCGCGGGAUUCUUGGCGCGCCGAUUAAACCCACCCUGGCGGCGUCGGUGGCUUCAGAGAACGCGAGCUUUGGCUACCAUGCGACCGGUGCCGUCACUCCCGUUCUCACGCAUCAGCAACUGCAGGCAGCACAAUUUCACCAUCUGAGGCAGCAGCAAACGAUGAAGCAGCCGCUGUCGGUGGCCUGGGGAACGCAGAGCAAAGCCAGAGGCGGUGGCCGGCCCUUGGAUCUAUCGCCCUCCGCGUGGCCACCGCUCCGAAAACCGCCACCGCAGCAGCAGCAACCACCGCUUCCAGGGGCCGGGAUGCGGGCCGUGUUCCUCCACAACGCCGGCUCGCGGAAGGAGUCCGCCGGGACCGGCGUCUUCCUGCCGCGGACGGUUGGCAAGAAGCUCGAGCCAAGGAAAAAGACCGGCUGUUCGACCGUGCUGGUUCCCGAUAGGGUGGUUCAAGCUCUGAACCUGAACCUGAAGGAGUUCGCAGCACAGCCACGCUUCCCCGGUGGCUUUGUUCUGACUCAUGAUGCACUUGUUGGGCGAAGCAGUGCGGGGCUAUCACAUCAGAGAAGGAAACACAACCUAACUGCCUCGCCGACGCCCGAUGCAGCAGUGGCGACGGCAGCAACCCAUGACAUCGGCCUCCCUCAGGAAUGGACCUACUGACCCAUCUCACGUACACCAACUUACUGCAGUCUUAGUGCUUGCAAUAGUUUUUAGGAUAGGGAGUAGGAGAAGAAAUUAUGAAGAAAAAUUAUAUAUAUAUAUGGCAUAAGCAGCAGCAGUAGGGAAUUUAUAAUG